UAGAAAUGUUCUAUUCUUGAUGCACACACUAUUUGAAGAGAGAGAUGUGCUACUACUAUGGUUAUAAUGCAUCACUGAACAUUUUAUAUUAAGUGCUACCGUGGUACUUUUUGCAGGUGUGGUAAAGAUCUUGGUGAGACAGGCCCCACGAGAAACUUCAAUGUCUUCACCCCGUCCUUCUCUUGGUUCACCUUUACAUUUGCCUCAAAACAUAACUCGUCCACUUUUACGUGUCCUGCCAAGCACGCUUCCAGACAAUGCCAACCCUAGAGCUGGGACUGGGGAAAGAUCAGGUAUGUGAUGGGCAUCGAUUUAUGUAUUCGUUGGUCCAAAGGUCGGGUUUCUUGCACCACAAAGAAGUUAUAUCCAAUGUCGGCUUACAGGUAGUUCCAUAUAUUUGAGGGGUAGCACUUUUUUUAAUCCUCAAAAAUAAAUGUUGGGUAGUCUGAAGUGUUAACUUUUUUUUUUUCUCUCCUUUCUAGCCCUUCCUGUUUUUUCUACUGCAGCUUGUGCGGUUGCUACAUCUUCCAUCACAUUAGCCGCAAGCCCACUUCUUAUGGUCUCCAGUCCUACACUGACUUCAAGACUCCCAGCCCCAAACCCUGUUCCCAGCCUUCAUAACCACAAUGUGCCAGUCAAUGCAGAGGGCUCCCCAGCUGUUUCUGGUGUGGCACUUCGGCUACUUGCUAGUGGAACUUCAGCUACCCUCCAGCUCACCAACCAUCACUCGUCACCACCAAGACAUUCUCAGAGUCCUGCCCUCCAAAGCUGCCCAGCACAAAGCCCAAUCUUUACCAACUGCUCUUCUUGUCCAGGACAGAUUCCUGGCUUUGCUAAUUGUUCCCCUGGCCAAAUUGUAACUUCUGAAUCUAAGACUUGUGCUGUCUUGCAAAAGGUUUCUCAGUCAGACACAGGUUCUAACAGCCAGGGCCUGUCCUUAUCCACAGUCUCUAAUGGCAAUGGAUUUGGGCAAAAUAAAGCUCAAGAGCAUAAAGACUCUCUUAUCCCCCAAACUCUAACUCAGCCGAUGUCCUCUCAGUGUGCUUCUGGCCCAAGCCCAGACCAUGUCCAGUUUGUCAGUAACCUGAACCCAACCCCUGCCUCACCCCCUGCCCUUUGCAAUUCUAACCAUGCACCAGGAAUUCCCAAACUGGCCCCUUCCAGUUACAACAUUAAUCUAGUUCCUACCCUUCUCACAAACUCUUCUCCUUCCACCGUCUCCAGUUAUAGCCCUGUCCCUGCACGCUUCCUCACUAGCCCUGUGUCUCUUCUAACCCUUUCUCCUUUACCCUCUACCAAUAGUAGCACUGCUCCGAUCUUGUACACACAUGCCAAUGUAAACACACUUUCCUCUCUUGGUGCAUCUGCAGUGAGUCACCAAACAACCAUUCCUUUGCCCACAGUUCAGACAUCUGCUUCUCUGCCCUUGCUGUCAACUUCUAUGCCUCUGGCUUCUCCUGUACCUCCUCUUUCUGCCAUGGCUUCCCAGGCACCCGGCCGCCCUCCUUCUGCCCCGGCGCAGGCAGCCUCACUUCUGCUUACGGCGCGACUGCGCCCUCGCCCCUGCUGCCCGGCGCCGAUGCGCCCUCCUUCUGCCCCGGCACCCGGCCGCCCUCCUUCUGCCCCGGCACCCGGCCGCGCUCCUCCUCCUUCUGCCCCGGCACCCGGCCCAGCUCCUCCUCCUCCUUCUGCCGCGGCACCCGGCCCAGCUCCUCCUCCUCCUUCUGCCCCGGCACCGGCCAAACCAUCUCUCCUUCACCGCCCGGCACCCGGCCAGCUCUCCUCCUCCUCCUUCUGCCCGGCACGGUAACUCCUCCUCCUCCUUCUGCCCGGCACCAUCCAGCUCCUCCUCCUCCUUCUGCCCGGCACCCGGCCCAGCUCCUCCUCCUCCUUCUGCCCCGGCACCCGGCCCAGCUCCUCCUCCUCCUUCUGCCCCGGCACCCGGCCCAGCUCCUCCUCCUCCUUCUGCCCCGGCACCCGGCCCAGCUCCUCCUCCUCCUUCUGCCCCGGCACCCGGCCCAGCUCCUCCUCCUCCUUCUGCCCCGGCACCCGGCCCAGCUCCUCCUCCUCCUUCUGUCCCGGCACCCGGCCCAGCUCCUCCUCCUCCUUCUGUCCCGGCACCCGGCCCAGCUCCUCCUCCUCCUUCUGUCCCGGCACCCGGCCCAGCUCCUCCUCCUCCGCUUCUGGCCAGCGCGUGUCCACUCCUCCUCCUUCUGUCCAGCCCGGCUGGCUGCUCUCCUGCUGUCCGGCACCCCAUUUGGCUCCUCCUCCUUCUGGCCGGCACCCGGGCCGAAAUAUCCUCCUCCCCUUCUGUCGGCACCGGCCAGCUCCUCCUCACUCCUUCUGUCCGGCACCCGGCCCAGCUCCUCCCCUCCUCCUUCUGUCCCGGCUUCCAGUUAGCAGCUCCCUCCUCCUCCUGCUGUCCCGGCCACCCGGCUGACUCCUCUCCUCCCCUACUUUCCAGCGCUGACCCAGCUCCCUCCUCUGUCCCGGCACCGGCCGGCUCACCUCCUCCUCACUCAUGCUGCCCGGCACCCAGUGGCUCCUCCUCCUCCUCCUCCUUCUGCCCCGGCACCCGGCCCAGCUCCUCCUCCUUCUGCCCCGGCACCCGGCCCAGCUCCUCCUCCUUCUGCCCCGGCACCCGGCCCAGCUCCUCCUCCUUCUGCCCCGGCACCCGGCCCAGCUCCUCCUCCUUCUGCCCCGGCACCCGGCCCAGCUCCUCCUCCUUCUGCCCCGGCACCCGGCCCAGCUCCUCCUCCUUCUGCCCCGGCACCCGGCCCAGCUCCUCCUCCUUCUGCCCCGGCACCCGGCCCAGCUCCUCCUCCUUCUGCCCCGGCACCCGGCCCAGCUCCUCCUCCUUCUGCCCCGGCACCCGGCCCAGCUCCUCCUCCCCCUCCCCCCUCUGGCUGCCCUGCUCCCUUUGCCCUGGCCCCUGGCUGCACUCCUCUGCCUUCCCCGGCUACUCCAACCUCUGCUCCUCUUCCUGUUCUGGCUGUUUCUUCUCCCACAACUGCUUUUGGAGGCACUGUCCCAGUGACCACACGAACAGCUUCUGUUCCUGCCUCUGUGGGUGCAUUGGCAACUCAUGCCCCUUCCUCCUGGCAGUCUAUUCAGCCCCUUCUUGCGCAUGCUCCUGCACCCCUGGCCGCUCCUGUAUCUGCUUUGACCUCUCCUUCCUCUGGGCCUGUGGCCGCCCUGGCCGCACUGACUCCUCCCCUUGAUACCAAUCUGGCUGCUCUGGGAACUCAGGUUUCCACUCCUCUAGCUGUGCUUGCAUCUCCCACCCCACUGCAAACCAUGGCAGGUUCCAUAUCUGUUCCUUUCUCUUUACUUGCUGCUUCGGUGUCUGAAACUCUGCCUUCCCUGGUUUUGUCAACACAGUUACCUUUAGUAACAACCUCAGGAACAGAGCCUGUGCCAUCUUUUUCAGCUAGUGCUGCUCUGCUCCCAUCAGUGGCAGCUGCUGCGUCACUUCCCCUGAUAACUUGUUCAGAUAUUAAUGCUCUUCCAUCUGUCCCCAUGCUUUCUACUAGCCUCCCACCAUCUUCCUCAUUACCUGUGCUGGCUGCAAAGAGUACAUCGAAUGUCCUAGCACGUGGCUCUGUCCCUCAAACCUCUGCACAAGCUUCCCAUUCUUCACUUCUCUCCUGCCCCUCUCCAUCUUCAUCCUCUGUAUCUGGUUCCUUUCCUGCAACUUGGACAGCUGGCACCUCCGCAAGGGCAAUUACUUGUCUGCCAUCUCCUUCUGUCACCAUAUCUACCCGGCUGCCUUCUGCAGUCUCAUCACUAGCUCAUCUCCCAAUGUUAGCAGCUUCUGCCCACUUACCCUCAGUGGUGUCUCCCACCCCUGCAUCUGCCUCCUUGCCGGUUUUGUCAUCCCCCGAACACGUUACCCUUCCAUUGCUGGCUUCUCCGGCAUCUAACUUACUGCCUUCACUUGACUUUCCUGUGAGUACAACUCAGAGUGCUCCUGUGACCCCCUUAGCUACUACCCACUCUUUAAUCGCAUCUCCUUUAGUUUGUCCAUCAUCACAAGCCCCAUCUUCUGUACCGCUCUCAUCAGUCCCUUCAUCCUCUUCUGCUCCUGUGUCCACUCUGUCUUUUUGUAUCUCUAGCACAGUGUCUUCCCCCUUGUCCAAUUUUAAUGACUCUAUUUCUGCCCCAGUUUCUGACUCCAUUCCCCCUAUGGCUUCUGCUACUCCUACUAGUGUGCCCAAUACACAUAUGAUAGGCCCAGAUCCCCCUUUGUCUCUGUCAGUUGCUGGCCCCCCGUCAGUCAGCGUUACUCUAAGCUCAGCUACAGAGUCUGAUAUGCUGCUGGAUGGGGAUGGCCUCCGCUCCACACAUCCCUCUAUGGUAUCAGGCUCGUCAAGGCCCAGAAGACAACCACCACCUCCACCACGAUCACCAUUUUAUCUGGUAAGUGCCUCUUCUUUUCACUGUCAUUGUAUGUAGAGCUCAAUGUGGAGCAGAACCCUUUACAUGUCAGUUCCUCAUGCAUGGGUAGUGUAGGAUCCCUUUCUAUAUUAGUCUGUAAUGGUGGGGUGUUUGGGAUCAUGAAAGAGGAUGAGAAGAUCCCUUUGUAUUUGGCCUUUGAUGUCUUCAUGAACCAAUGUGUUGUUUUUUUCGGGGGAGGGGGGUUCAUGGAGAGGAAAGAUGAGGUCCCUAUGGAAUUUGUAUUUGGAUUAGUUAGAAAAACCCUUGAUUUUGUGUUGAAUAACUUUUUUCUUGGAGGAUGAACCCUUUUAUAUUUCUGGAGAUUUCAGGGAGUAGAGAAUUUGUUAUAGGGUUUUUUGUAUUGAAGAAAGCUUAAGGAUGGUGAGAUCUAUAUGUUCAUAUAUUGAGCAUAGGUCUAUAAUUGUCUCUUCUCCUUGAUCUUCCUUUAAGGAACCGUUAGAAGAGCGGAGACGUAAACACAAAGUGGAACGGCUGGAGAGGAUCUUCCGCCUAAAUGAGCAGCGUUGUGGGCUUACUCCAGUUUAUGGCACAGAGGUCAUACAGUUCUGCACCCUCUCUGAUAAAGCCACCAUUGCAUGGCCCAAUUCAUGUCCUUUUGCUUCAAAUCUACAGGAUUACUGGCUCCAGACCAAUGCUUUCAAAAACUGCAUCUUUACCCCACAGCAACGCCUGGAGCAGCUAGGCCCACUUAUAGAGCGGUACGUAGUAUCCAGAUUGUUCACAUCUGGCAAGAUUCGAUUUUGUAGAGAAUGAACAUGUCUAUUGCUAUUUAUUUUUUUAACAUUUAGGUGGAUCCCACAAUAAAGUUUAGUACUGACCUGAUUGUGGAUUAAAGUACUAUGCCCCUUCAUAUUGCUUAUUAACUCUGUACUUUUUUUUUUUUUUUUGGCAGAUUUAUCUUUGCAAUGCCUCCUGUGGAGGCCCCACCAAUCAAUAUGCACACCUCGCACCCUCCUCCAUCGCUGCUUCUACAAGAGUCUCUAUUCAAGGAGACUCUAAGCAGGGAUCUGAGGCCGCACACUCGCUGUCUGCACCGCAUUGUUUCCAACAUGCGGACACAGUUUCCUGAUCUGCGACUUAUUCAGUAUGACUGUGGUAAGUUUAUCGGGCUCAUAUCCUCUGCAGACUUUUAUUCGAGACAAAAAGGCAACGUCAAGUCUCUAACAGACUUUGUUCACAUCAUCACAUUUUUCUUUUUUUAAAAUAGGAAAGCUGCAGACCUUGGACCGAUUGCUACGGCAGUUAAAAUCUGGAGGACACCGGGUUUUGAUCUUCACUCAGAUGACACGCAUGUUGGACAUUUUGGAGCAAUUCCUCAACUACCACGGGCACAUUUACCUGCGACUGGAUGGAUCAACUCGUGUGGAACAGAGACAGGUAGAUAAGGGCAUUGUCCAAUACGUCUGAAUACCCACUUUGAACCUGGGUAGUAGCUGCUGUGUUAUUUGCCCCAGCCAAUCCUGGCAUUGAUAUCCUAUAAACACUGGUGUAGAUCAGUUGAUGUACUCCCCAAGUUAAUAGCCGGCACUAUUUUGCCAGCGGUGCUUUAGAAUACACAGUGUACUCCGUUGUAAGUUUUAAGCUUUUCCAUUUGUGACAAAGUCCUUACAUCACUUUAUUUACCUCUUCUGUUUAUUUUGUCCAGUUCAGAAUUGUCACUGCUGCAGGGUGAUGUGAGAUUAACUGAUGUGAGAAUAAUCAUGAAUUAAAAAGGAAUUCAGAGUCAAUCUUUGGCCAUAAAUGUGAAAUUCACUUUGAAAUCCUGACUAGUGAAUAACUGCAAAACAAAGUCUGAAAGAGGGUAAAAAGAAAAGCAGAUUUUGGUCCUUUACCGAUAAGGUGGGAAAAAAGUCCCCAAUAUGUUUAAAAAACAGUAAUCAUAAGAAAAUGGUUAAAGUGCACAAAACCAGAGCAAAUGUGAAAAUCAGUUUUUAUAAGCAUCAUAAAUGUAUUUUACAGAUCUGUCCAACAUGUUGUUUACUGAACUCUUUCCUUAAAAUCAGACUGCAUUAUUUUCACAGCAGCUGCUAUGUGGCUGGUGCUUCACAAUCAGUCUAACAGGACCUGUCUCUCAGGAUGCUGCCAUGUGUUCAUAUCAUGUGCACAGCCUUUCAAAGAGACCACACAACAUUUACUGUACUUCUAGCUCGUGUCUUGCGGUUUAUAUUGAUGCUUUCACUUGUCUGCUGUUUCUGUUCUAUAACCGAUCUUGCCACGUGUCUGUUCUUUCUGUUCCAUAACCGAUCUAGGCACAUGUCUCGUCUGCUUCUUCUAGAACCGAUAUAGCAACGUGUGUCUGCUCUUUCUGUUGUAUAACGGAUCUAGCAACAUGUGUCGGCUCCUUCUGUUUUAUAAUGGAUCUAGCCACGUGUCUCUACUCUUUCGGUUCUAUAACCGACCUAGCUUAGUUUUUUGGCUUUUAGCAGGUGCAGUAGGCAUGCAGACUCUGCCAUAGCUUUCUGUAUAGCUUAGGAAAGUGAAGAAUAGUUGUGAUGUUAUCUCUACCGUAGGGGACACUGGGCAUUGGGUGAAGGAGAAAGCUGUUCUCUCUGAACCUGCUGGUUGGUCUCGCACAUCAAGAGAGAAAGGCAAGUAGCGUAUUUACCUGAAGGUCUGUUUCUCGGGGGCACUAGAAAAAUCUCGAAGUGGUGUAAUUUGAUUUGCUACCACUCUGAUAGAUAACACUGGUAUACACUCUUAAGCUUGGUCUGAUUGUUCAUAUAUCGUAUACCGUAGUAGGGCCCUUCAAAUUUUGCAGUCAUUUAACCCCUUAAGGACACGUGACAUGUCAUGAUUCCCUUUUAUUCCAGAAGUUUGGUUCUUAAGGGGUUAAAGACCUGUGGUUAUAAAUAAGUGAAUUUUGUGCUCUUAAAGAAGAGUGAUUGAAACAAUCAAUUAUUAAAAAGUCUGCUACAGCCAGCUAAUUAUGCAGCUGAAAAUGGAUUAUCUAAUGUACAACUAGGAUUAUACUGCAGUGGCUAGGGCUCUGGAGACUUUCCCUUGUAAAGCAGUGAUUAUAGAUAUUAUCCCCACACAUUAGCUGAGACUAAAUGUAGGUGAAUAGAAUGAACCUUUAUUCAACACAGCAAUUUAGAAAAAUGUGCAUUCCCACACCAGGGGAUUCUUCAUGCAAUGGCCUUUACAAUAGUCUCACCCUGGCGCCAUUCUGUGUGGGGUCCUGAUUGCAACAUCGACAGACAGAUAUCUGGUCAAAGGUUUACCGGAUCAUAGCACAGUCCCAAUCCAGAUAAUCGUUCCAGAGCAUUUCCGGUUAUCUCCCAGUCAGGCGGUCAAUAUGCAGGAUGGGUCCAGGCAAUCCCCAUAGGUCCCCAAUUCCGGCUGUGAGGCCGAGUAGGCGUCAUACCUCUUCCCUUAGUGAAAAUAGCCCUUUUUAGUGGAUUUUGAGAACAGGUCCAUAGUCUGUGGGCAGGUGACACAUCUCCAAAAGGCACGGGAGCUUCCGUCACAAUCGUCGUAUUGUUCAUGUUUGAAAAUAUGACUGAUAUUCUGUGAUAUGUUUGAAUUCCAAUCUUAAGAAAAGCUAGACAAAUACCAUAUCCCAAUUCGAUACAAUUUGGUUGAUAUAUUUUUUUUCAUUUUGGUGAACUGUUUUUAUAUUUGCUCAAAUGAAAAAAAGUUUUUUAUUUAAAAGUUUUUUUUUUUUUUUUUAAUUUAAAUUUCUGUUUGUACUCUUCCCCUGAGGAUUACCCCAUUCUCCACUCUGUCCAUUUUUGAUACUCAAAAACUGGGUUUCUGGUGGCCUGUUAAACCUACUGCUCGUAAGAUUGGCUGCUAUCAAAAAAAAGUUGUUUUUUUGUUGUUUUUUUUUUUUUUUUGAUGGGAGGGCAGUCCAUGCCAAACUGGUUAUCAAAACCAUUUGGUUAGGUUUUUGAUUUGUGUAAACACACCAAUGAGGGAUUUCUCCUUGUAUGAAAUAUGGUCUGCAUGAUAUCCAUUAAUACCAUGGGUCUCCUCGUGAGCUUUAGUGUUUCAUUUUUUGAGUAAAGAGAAGGUGGGAGUGGGUUUCCUCUUAUGAAACCCAUUGGAGAGGAAUAGAUAAUAUUAAGUGGGGCGGAUCUAGAUUUCCUGUUUUAUUACAUGCAUUCAUUAAAGAUAAAAAGAAAAGAAGGGUUGCUAUUAUUUUUACAGAAAUGGUAAGGUUCACACUUUUAUUUCAGCAAGCAGACUCCCAAUUGUUUGUUAAUUGAAUGAAAUAAGUAUACAUUGGUUAAUGUGUAUCUGCCAAAUGACUCCCUAGUCAUGACACUAGAAAAGAUUUUGGGACAGGUAGAAUUGUCAAAAACUGGAGGUUGUUUUAUUGCAGGAGACUUUAACUGUGUACUAGAUCUCAAUAUUGAUGAUAAGAACAGUCUGCGAAUGUGAAAGUCUUUUACUAAUACUAUGCACACGUUUGGCUGUUUUUGAUACUUGGAAAUGGUUGUAUCCUGCAAAGCUAGCUUUUAUCUUUUUUUAUUUUUCUAGUGUCCACUUUUCGUAUUCACAUAUUGAUAACGUUUGGGUCAUUCUGUUCAUGAAAACAUAGAUAAGAUUGAAAAUGAGACAAUAUAUGGUCAGAUCAGUGUUAUCACAUGGACCAAUGAAACGCCCAUCAUAGAGCCACAUGGUGGGUGAAUUACUUAUUUUGUAAUCCAAAAAACCAAACUGAUUAAACAACCCAAAACGAUAUCUCUUAUGUCAGUAACUGGUGUGCUUUCAAAUCAAAGGCAAUUUCAUAAGUGUGAAUGCGUAGUUCAAGAAAGAUAGGAGUGUACACUUGAUAACACUUUGAAUAAAUCCACAUCCUCUAAAAUGAAUUCGGCUUCCCUGAUUGCCAUCCAAAAACAAUAUUAAAAAUAAAAAAAUAAAGAUAAGGAGCAAUUAACAAUGAAGAAUUAAGUAAAGGUAAUCAAGCGGAUAAGAUGCUAAUGCAGAGGUUGAGACAAAAUUGCAUCAACUAAAUUGACUAGAACAAUGGGUGAUAGAGGUGCAUAGUAAGCUGUAUAUAUACAUACCUGGAUAACACCAAUAUUCCAUUAAUCUUGGAAAAGCAAAGUUUUAUCGGUUUGGCAUUCGGGAUUGGAUGCACAGGCCCAAAUAUCUGCGCUGAGUGGUUUAUCUUGCAUAAUGAAAUAAGACAGGGCUGCCCACUGUCUCCUAUCCUGUAUACCAUCUAUACGGAGUGAAUGAAUAUUCGAAAUAACCCGUUAAUAAAAGGCUGCACUGCAAAUCAAAGAUCUAAAAUUUUAUUUGUUUAUGACCCUAACCACUCCCUUAACUUCUCUAAAUUCUUUAAUGCUUGAGGUGGAGUCUUACAGUGCAAUGUCUAAAUUUAAAAUCAAUAUAGUGUGAUAUAGUGGAAUGGCCUUAUAAACUGUUAAAACGUGUGUGUGUGUGUGUAUGUGUAUAUGUGUGUAUAUAUGUGUGUGUGUGUGUGUAUGUAUAUAUGUAUGUGUAUGUGUAUGUAUAUGUGUGUGUGUGUAUAUGUGUGUGUGUGUAUUAGUAUUUUAAUCUCCCAUUAUUUUAAGAGAUAUAGCUUUGAAAUGUAUGUACAUAAGAAAACUAAAAGUAAAAAUAUAUUUUGUGAUGUCCUUAAAGCGGUACUGCCUGUAAGCUUAAUAUCAGAUUGCUGUGGAGUCAAAGCUUUCGUAACUGUGAGUGGGAGUCCACAAAAUCUUGUCAAUCUAUAUAUUGAGUACUGCAGUAUAUAUAUUUUUUACUUUGAGAUCUCAAUGUGUCGGGUAAACCUAGUCGUAUGGCGCAUGUUUUCACAUAAAAAUGUGUUUGUGUUUUUUUGUCUUUAUAGAAGAACUCUCCCCUGAUUUGUUUGAUGCAUUACUUGGAGCAGGGAUCGAAGUGCUUGAUACCAUCUGUAUGGAUGGAGUACAGCACCUUAACUUGCAAACAGUGAGGCGUAUAGAAUCCUAUACACAGAAAAGAUUUCUAACCAGCCCUAGCUGCACUUGGGUCAGGAUUGGAGACAGAUGGAUAACAGAGCCAAGGGUCAGGGAUAGCAGAAUCAUUUAAACAAAGCCAUGUGAAAAACCAUAACUAUCAAGGAAUAAGGAAUGCUCUCAGGCUACUAAAAAUCAUGACAGGGCAAUGAGGAGAGGUCACAAAGGCUUUAAAUAGGCCCCCUGCGCCUUGUGUGACGCCAGAAUGAGCGAAACUGGCAUGGUUCCCACACGAACUGCUAGCAGAAUCAGGGUGAGAGAGACUGAGCGUUGCGCAUCAUUCUCAUCCAUGUCUCUCUCUUUCCUCUCUGCACGUGCCCUUGUCUCAGCAUUUCCCUUCUUUUCCUAAUAAAUCUCCAACAUGUAUGUGAUACUUUCAUUCUAAAGGCAUGCAAAGCAUCAUGGAAGUUGUAGUUCUACAAAAAUCUGGAGACCUACCUUUUGGGCACCCCAGUGCUAAGAAGGGUGGGGGGGAGUAGAUAUCGGAACACAAAAGCCAAAAGUACAGCUUACGGAGCCUGCGUGAUAUCCCUUAAUUUAUAUAGUUGUCUAGGUUGAAAAAAAGACUAAAGUCCAUCAAGUUCAACCUUUAAACACAUUCUUUUAUGCUGUUUAUCCUAAAUGGCGACCAUUUCAAACGAUGCCACAAAAAUUCCUCCUUGACUGCAUAAUGGCAAUCAGAGUUCUUUGGAUCAGCAUCCUGUUUACAUGCAUAUCAAUUAUAUCCUUGAAUAUUCUGUUUAAGUACAAAAAAUCUACAUCAUUUAAAAAAAUAAUAAAAAUCUAUAGAAUCUGAUAAGACAAUCUCUUCAGAGAAUUCCACAUCUUUAUUGUUCUUACUGUAAAGAACCCUUUUCUCUGCUGUAAGUGAAAUCGCCUUUCUUCCAGUCUCAAUGUGUAACCUCUUACCUGUGGUAUAUUCCUGCUAAUGAACAGGUUAGCACAUAGCGGUUUGUACUGAUCCUGUGUAUAUUUGUUUAGUGCAGUCAUAUCCCCUCUGGGACAUCUUCUUUCUAAGGAAAACAAAUUUUUUAUUUUUUUUUUGCCUUUCGAAAGGGUGGGGGAGUAAACCUGUGCUUGGCAGUUUCUUUUAAUGCUAGAAGGCAGCAACCAUAAUUACAGGAAAGAGCAGCUAUCUGUAUUUAGCCAGAAUUAACUGAAACACAGCAAAUACACAUUCCAUGUCAUUGUCAUGCUUCAGGCCUGCGUGGCCCCCUCUCCCUUGAUCUUUGUCCAUUUUCUACUUUGGUGACUGACCACUCGCUUGCCAUCUACCUAAUUACCUUAGGAGAGAGCCCAAGUGAGCGUAGGAAGGUAGACAUCUCUUCAAUAUGGUUUACAACCAGGACAGAAUGUUACUAGGAGUUUACUGAGAAAAGGGAGACUGUCAGUACCCGGGAGCACAGCCAGGACAGAAUGUCACUAGGAGUUCACGGAGGGGUCUUUGUGGCCUCUGGAAACAUCCUCUUUCAUAUGGUCCUCGGCUGGUAAGAGAAUGGAGAGGAGGCGACGUGUGGAAAGUCUUUGCUAUACACUGCCUCCAGAAAGCUCAAUUCCUUGCCCUCCAUAAGGGUAUUCAAAGCUUCAUACUUCUCUCAAAUUGAGAGUGGAAUCAGUAGCAGACCGAGUUUCUUUAGUGAAGCCCAGGUUCCCAUCUAUGGCUGUAAUGUGUCCCAUAAGUGCUGCAUUAUCAUUCUGAACCACAGCUAUGUCUGCCAGGAAAAUCGCCAUGCAGCAAGGCACAUAUAUCUGCUUUCGUGGAAGGGGCACUCACACUGCAUCCACUACACAAACACACUGCAUCCACUGCACACCCAUAUAUUCUUGAAAAAAUAGACAAUUAUGACUGGCAUGUAUAUUUUGUGAAUUUACCUUAAUAAAAAGAGAAUUUGCAAAAAAAUAAACAUGUUCAGUUAACAGUGUAUUUGUGUAGAAAUUGUUUUUUUGUUUUUUCUUUUCAAAAUGCUAAAUGUACAGAAUAUCGGUAAGCUAUCGGCGUUAAGGUUCACAAAUAAUCGGUAUCGGCUCUAAAAAAUAAAUAUCGGCCGAUAUAGAUAUAUAUAUAUAGAUAUAUAGAUAGAUAGAUAUAUAUAGAUAUAUUCUCUAUCUAUCUCUAUCUCUCAAUCAUUAUUUAUAGGGUGUGUUUGCAUAAAGUCAGAUUUCCCUUAUCCAUUCACUGGGCUCAUGGUCCUUUGUAACACAUAGCCUUCCUUCACUCAUGGGCUUUUCUUCCUUUGCGUUUUGAUGUGUGAGGACCGCUGCUGUUUGAUUUCUGCCAUUUUGUGUUUUCUCUCUAGGUCCUGAUGGAGCGUUUUAACAUGGAUAAGCGCAUCUUCUGCUUCAUUCUUUCCACUCGCAGCGGAGGAGUUGGAGUCAAUCUCACUGGGGCUGAUACGGUUAUCUUCUAUGACAGUGAUUGGAACCCAACCAUGGAUGCACAGGCGCAGGAUCGAUGCCACCGUAUUGGACAGACUCGUGAUGUGCACAUAUACAGGUCUAUCACAAUAGAAAUGUCACAAAACGCAACACUUUUACAUUAUCUCACACUAUAAGUUUCAUUUCAUGUAUAAGAAUUGAGUGGUGAGCUGGGCAGCGAUGCUAAUGACAAACCAAAUGUAAUAAAGGAGUCUUCCCUGUGACAAUAUUGCAAAAUUUAGCUGAUAGAACCACGCUGAACACUACUCUUGCCCAGGAUCCGUUCUCAUAUAAUUUCCAAUAACCGGCCCGCUUUGACACUGCACAUUGAUUCCAUGAGGUCUUCCUUACACCUCAAGCCACUUAUAAAGCAUCUCCUAGGCCCGAUAGCCACAGGCUCCGUCUCACGCAUUUCAGGUCCAGAGAUAUGUGGAGAAGAAGAGUCCAUUUGUAAAUACAUUUUAGGGGGGAAUUACAGCUGUUCAGUCAAGCAUGCAAUAGCCCCCCACUGUAGCGGUGCUUACAGACUUUGAGGUAGGUUUCCUCUAAGCUUCACGGUUACUCUGUGGAGGAGGCUGUGCUCUUUGCUGCUUUACAAGAUAGGAACUCCAUGUGGUCCAACCUGCACAGUGAAGUCAUAAUAGACGUCACUUUGGAGUCUCUAGUGGGAGGGACUGAUGUACUAGAUCUUAUAAUCCAACUGAAUAACAUGGCAAAUGCGAUAUCUCCUGAUUCAUCAAGGUGCCCUUUGGUAGGUAAGUGGCUUUUAUGCAGCAAAAUUAGAAGCUUCACUGAAUUUAUUUCUCCAAUGCCUGUGCUGGUCUUGGGAGCUCAUGUCACGUAACCACUCUGUUUGGUAGUUAGUCUUCGCCCUCACACCAGACAUUUUAUACAGUGCAUGGUAAGGAGCUUGGUACAGUCUGCCAAGUGAUUGCUUUAGUGAAUUAUUUCCUUAAAAUCAGACUGCUUUAUUUUCACAGCAGCUGCUAUGUGGCUGGUGCUGCACAAUCAGUCUAACAGGACCUGUCUCUCAGGAUGCUGCCAUGUGUUCAUAUCAUGUGCACAGCCUUUCAAAGAGACCACAUAACAUUUACUGUACUUCUAGCCACGUGUCUCGGCUCUUUCUGUUCUAUAACCAAUCUAAGCACCUGUCUCGGCUCUUUCUGUUUGUAACUGAUCCUGCCGUGCGUUUAGUUCUGUCUGUCUCUCUUUAUUUAAUCCUGUAUUUUCUCUUGGUAGUAUCUGUACCUAAUUAUGCUGUCUCUCUGUCCUGUCUGUAUUUGAUCCUGCCUUGACUAUCUGUGUUAAUCAUGCUGUCUCUCGGUCCGGUCUGUCUGUAUCCGAUCCUGAUAUUUAUUUUUGCACUAUCUCUGUAACUAAUCAUGCUGUUUCUCAGUCCUGUUUGUCUCUAUCCCUGCCAUGCCUUUGAGAGAUGUCUACCACAUUCCUCCACUUCUCAUCCAUGUUUGUGCCAAUUCCUGACAGCUCUCCACUGUAUCCAUGUUGUAUUGCACCAGGUCUCUUAGCUGUAUCCAUUCCAUUUUCUAUGAAAAGCUGUGCUUUUUACAGACUUCCUGUUAUCUCCUGUUUUGUGCCUGGUAUAGUUUUUCUAAUCCUCCAUUUUGGGGUUUGUUUGUUCUAGGCUGGUGAGUGAACGCACAGUGGAGGAAAACAUUCUGAAAAAAGCUCAGCAGAAGCGCAUGCUUGGAGACAUGGCCAUUGAAGGCGGAAACUUCACUACUGCAUACUUCAAACAGGUAACCUUGUCACACAGAGAUUUCCCUGGCUGCCUUUUGUUAGUUCCCUUCUCAUCUUCUGUGAAUUCAUGAAUAAAUUCCAACAUUACGCAGAAUGGAUUUUUGUACUAUUGGUUCAGUGUCCUAAAUAUGCAGCUGUAAUAGAUAUUACAGCUACAUGAGAUCCCAGCCCAUGGGAAUCCUAUUUUUCUCCUCCUAGAAUGGCACGUUCUCUGUAAUGCUGCAGCCAUUUUGCUCCUUUCUUGGUUCGUAUUUGAAUACUCUGCUUUUUCUUCUGUGCCCAUAGUUUUCCAUGUAUUAAAACUGGUCUCUUUCAGCAAACAAUCCGUGAGCUGUUUGAUAUGGAAGACGUUUCACGCAGAGAGGUGGAGACUCGAGCCGCAUCUCCUGACCAAAAUCUAGACGAUGGCACCGCCAGCCGAGACUCUCAUAUCCUGGAACAGGUAACUGGGCAUGACCCAACAUUUAUGUAGUCAUGGGCUGCAGCGCUUGACUCAGGAUGUUAAUCAGAUUUUGUACCUGGUAAAUAAAGCUUGGUCUUUGUCUUGUAGGCUUUGUGCGGAGCUGAAGAUGAAGAAGACACAUUGGCUGCUUCUCUUGUUCGUGCAGAGCAAGUGGCAGAUCUAGCAGAAUUUAAUGAAAAUGCUCCAUUAGAGCCAGAAGAGGAGGAACAAAGCCGAGCUGAGCAGGAGAUAUCUGCUUUGGUUGAGCAGGUAAACCUCCUGAUAUGUAAUGGACCAUGUGUAUUGGGUUAGCUUUAGUGUGUGCUGAUCUCUUAAGGAAAAGUUGUCCUCUACAGAGCUGUGCCUGGGGCUACAAUCCAUCUUGUGUGUUUAUAUAGAGCUCUCCCCCAUGGAGUCUGCCCCUUGUGCUCUUGACGGUUCCAUUGCCGACUGCUGCAGUUGAAAUUAAGAAUUUUAGCUGGACAUAUUUUGUCAACUGAGAAAUAAACUGACAUUGUGGCUCUCUCUCUGCAGCUUACUCCCAUUGAACGUUACGCUAUGUAUUUUUUGGAGGCUUCGCUGGAAGAUGUUAGCAGAGAAGAACUAAAGCAGGCUGAGGUGUGCAUAGUCUUUAUUUUACAUUAUUUUGUAGGAUUUCUGAUCUAAUCCAUGUUCUUCCUUCCCCCUCCAUUCUACCCCAUGACCUUGUUUUCCCUUACUGUCUACAUACGGUUAUCCCCAGUGCAUUCACUUCCCUCUUAUUUCUGGAACUCAUACCAUGUUUUGUGGGUUUUUGUUUUAAUUAGGAGCAAGUCGAAGCUGCUCGCAAGGAUCUGUUUCUGGCCAAGGAUGAUGUUGGACAGUGUGAAGAGCGUUGGGAAGAGGAAUGCAGAAAAAUUCGGAAGGCUCGGCCCACUCCUCCAACCAGAUCUCCAGGAGAGCGCAUUGCUGUCCGUAUGAGUGAGAGAUUGCGUGGAGGUAGAGCUAAUGAAGGUGCAGACAUUGACAACCCAGCAGUGCCUGAGAAUGCAACUUUAGUUGAAACUGCCACUCCAGUUGAAGAGACUGCCAUCCCAGUUCAAGAGACAUUACAAGACCAGCAGUCACUGGAGCAUCUGACAAAGCUACCCAUAACAGAUCUGCUGGACAGGAAUCACAGCGCAAAACCUGACGACUAUAUUCCUGUCCUUCCAGCACAUACGAUAUCCUCUUCAGCACCUCUGGCAACUCCUCCACAGGAGAUCCUAGAACAAGGAGAGUUGUCUAAUCAAGAGGAGUGUGAUGAGGUGACUGUACAUGUCGAUGAAAAGCUGCCUGUGCCAAAAAUGGAUACUUCCUUGAGUAGUCCUUCCACAUGUGCAUCACAAGAAGAGGAAAACAGUGCGCCACGUACUCCACGGAGGAAAGUGACUGCAGACUGUGAGAUCCUUUUGUCUGGGGUUGGAGAUAGCUCCCCUACUGCUAAAGUGCUCAGACGAUUGCCAGGACGUCUGAUUACUGUAGUACAAGACCGGCCUCUUGUCCACCGACGGAGUCGGAGAAGACAGAGUUCUACAACAGAGAAGGAAUCUCAGAGUCCACACACAUCUGAUCAUCAAAGCCCUACACAUGGCAUCCAGUCAGAUGAAAACUCCGAGACUGGAAGUCCCCCACCAAAAAGGAAAAGAGGGAGACCCCCUAAGACCAGAACAGACCAUUCCCCUCCUGGAAUAUCUCGAGAUAUGCUCCCUGUAAUAUCAUCUCCUGAGCUAGGAAACUCUCCUUUGUGUACCAGAGUUCCCGGCAGUUCUAGUUCAUGCUCUAGAUUUAACUCAGAAAGUGAAAGUAGUUCCCCUGCUGAGAAGAGAAAAAGGGGGCGCCCUCCUAAAAGAAGGGAAAGCACAGGCACUUCUCAAUUUACUAUUUCAUCAGACAUUCGUUCCCCCUCAGACACUACACAAGACAAUCCCACCUUAAACAUCAUUACCAGUAGACUUGAUCCAAAAGCUGAUCCUGAGUUUAUGACAUCUGUAGCGCUUGAUCCAAUCAUUCCCAGUACUGUUUCUGACAUUCCUCAGGUGGGUGGUUGUGCAGAGGGUGCAAGCAGCAGUGGUGUGGAUGAUCCCGUCACUCCUCCAAAGCGUAAACGUGGCCGCCCACCCAAGUCCCUGGCAAUGUCAUGCCCUUUAUUGCACAAUGAAAAAGUGGACAGUUCUCCAGAGAGGUCCCUCAGCCCACAAAUCACAAGAACUCCAUUCCGGAGAAAGAAGAAACCAACGAAGACUAUAACACAGGAGGAGCGGAGGCGUUCUUCCCCCACUCCCGACACAGAUGACUCUUCAGGAGAAGAGGAAACUCCCAUUAGGACUCCCUUUACCCGCAGCGCCAGUACACGGCUACAGCCCAAUCAGGUGCCACUUGAAACCACUCCAGCCACUGGCUCUGCUUCCAAACCACCACGUGGACGUUCUCUUCGAGCUGUCCCAAUUUUAGAGAAGCCUUCCACUAAAAGGCGGAAGGCCCCAAGUGUGAGCUCCCCAAGCCCCCCCUCUUCUCCCCAGUGCAGCUCAAGUGAAAGGCAGGUCACAGGAAGCAGAAAGCGUCAUUGUCCUCCUGCAGAACGCAUUCUGCGCAGCUCUCUCACGGCAAACCCAGCAAGUAACACUCGCUCCUCACGUCCCACUCCCCAGCUUCCUAUUUCUCCUGGCAGCAACAGAGGCAGGAAGGCAAAGACGUGAGUGAACUAUGUUUGUCAGCUGGCUGUGUUUCACCCCAUGUGGGGAACCGCCUCUUACAGUGACUAGAGAGGCGUGAGAAACUCUUACUGGCUGUCCCAAGAGCACUGAAACUGCCCCUGGUAGAGGUUGGGGCAGGCUCUCUGGAGAGUGCUCUGCAGGACCACAGCCCCUUCUCUGAGAAAUAACCACAAUCUAUGCAAAGAGGAUGG